CGAAGGUGGAAAAACUCGCACCAACUCAAAACUUCCAGCUGACAGAAAAACAACAUUUGCGACAAGCUUAAACGAUUUUAUGUUCCGAAAAUGUUUCCAGUUCUCAAAAUAAGAACUAAUUAAGUAAAAUUCACCACUACAUUAAAUUUAAUCAUAAUAACACCUACGCUGGUCUGGAUUGACUGAGCGAAAAGCUACUUGAUGGAUACAAUGGUGCCGCGGUUUCGUGGGUCGAAAUGGUGGAGGUGUUCCAUUCCCACCUGCUCUGCGCAUACGUGGAACAGAACCUCCAACAUUGCAGGCCAUUUAUUUCCGAACCGUGCAGGAUUUGAACACGUGCGAGCCGCGUGGGUCCAAGUGGUGCGAGACGUCAUGAAUAAUCAAACCUGGGAACCUGCUCGAAAAGACAAACUUUGUUCGAGACACUUCCUCCCAUCGGAUUAUCAAGGAGAAGUCGCCAAGUGGACGUCCAAGAUUUCUGCCCGCCAUUUAAAAUGGACUUCAAUCCCUACCGUUAAUCUAUAUCCGGAGGUUGGAGGCAUCGUCGCUAAUGGACAAGCUUUUAAUGACAAUCAAGCAGGAUUGAUACAUUCUGGACCCUCGAAUUCCUUCAUUGAGAUCAAAAUAGAGCCAGAUUUCGAAUUUGAGGUUCCCGUUCCAGACCGUGAUCCACUCCUGCCGCUGCCACCACCUCCGCCCGAAAUACCUACUUUCACACCACGUUCGUGUCCCAUGUGCCGUUCGUAUUUCAAAAGUCAAACUAACUACGAAAAUCACAUGAGACUCCACUGGACGGACGAAUUAGGGCAUAAAUGCGGAAAGUGUGGCGUCUCGUUGCCCCAACAGAGUGACCUUGACGCACACGUGGCAUCUGGCAGAUGUAAACAGAAGGAGCAACCUGAGGGUGAUAUGGAAGAAUGUGACAAAUGUGGCGAAUCUUUUCACAAAGUUCGUAAGCUCAAAGCUCAUAAGGCUAACAGGAUAGAAUGUUUCGUCCUCCCGGGCCAAUUUGGGGACACGUUUAGGUGUCCCGUGUCCAUGUGUUGGAUGCCAUUUCCGACCAGUUUAAGGUUGAGGAGACACCUGGUCAAGGAUCACGCCACGUGGAAGGGCGCGUGUUUAAUUUGUGGGGUCAAAUCGGACUGCUCAAUUUACGACCAUCUCGUCCAAGAACACGGAUCCCCUGGUGGGGCUGGGGAUGAAGAUGACGUUGUCCGCGUGAAAAAUGAAGUGAUUCUGGAAGAUGUCGUAAUUAAGACGGAGACGGAUUGAAAUUUCACUUUUUACAAUUUUAUUGAAUAUUUAUGUAAACAAUUGUCGAAUUUAAGCUUAACAAAAUCUUGGUAUUUUUGUAUUCAGAAAAUUAUUUACGCAGUUUGUGCCAAGAUGAAUAGACAAGUUUAAAUUUGUACUUUACCUAUUAUAAAAUGUAGACCAGUAAACACGUUAUGUUUUACGUUUUAAUUCAAUGGCGCAACAAA